AUGUUUACUGGCCAGGAGUAUCAUUCCGUAGACUCUAAUUCUACCCAGCAAAAAGACAACAAUAAACGUGGUCUUGAUGAUACAUCAAAGAUCUUAAAUGAUAAAAUACCGCACACCACCAAUAAUACUGCCGCUGGUGCCAUGAAUAAUUCUGGUGCAGGUAGGCCUUUGGAUCCUAAUGGCGUAAAUUAUAGCCCAAGUGUAGGUGCCGUGGUCGAUCCAAUGCACGACUAUGCUACUUCCAAUAGAAAUUCUCUAACACCACAAUAUACUAAUGUGGCGGCAGGAAAUGCUAGUUCGCCUAACCAAGUUGUUAAUCACAGCGCUAAUUCAAACUAUCAGCAGGCUACAUACCUUCGACAACAACAACAUCAUCAACAGCAACAACAACAGCAACAACAAUCACCUUCCAUGAAAACCGAAGAGGAGUCUCAACUUUAUGGUGAUUUUCUUAUGAAUUCUGGCGUCGUACCUGAUGUCCAUCAGAAUUUAACCACACAUACGAAUCUAGACCAACUGACAUCUGCCCGCAGGUCUGUACCAAGCGAUGCUGCUGCUGCUCCAGCCAAUGCCACCAAUAUUGCUAAUACAACCGCUCUGAAUAAGCAAGCCUAUUUCAUGAAUAUGAAUAUGAACAAUAACCCACAUGCUUUAAAUGACCCAUCCAUUUUGGAGUCAUUAUCGCCAUUCUUUCAGCCUUUUGGUGUAGAUGUGGCACAUUUGCCCAUGACGAAUCCACCAAUUUUUCAAAGUUCUCUACCUGGGUGUGAUGAACCAAUUAGAAGGAGAAGAAUUUCAAUUUCCAACGGUCAAAUUAGUCAGUUAGGGGAGGAUAUAGAAACUUUAGAAAACCUUCAUAAUACACAGCCGCCCCCUAUGCCUAAUUUUCACAACUAUCAUAGUAUACACCAGAAUAAAAAUUCAUUAAAUAAACCGGUCUUCAGCCAAGCAGCACCGGUUAGUAUUCCCCAAUAUAAUGCAAAGAAAGAUGUGAAUCACAUAAAGGGCGCUUCUCUGGGUGACCAGGAUACCACUUAUUCGAAAAAUCAGCAGCACGGCUUCUCAAACGCACAAUUGAAAAAUGUUCCAGCAAAGAGCGCAAGCGAUCUAGAAGGUAUGACGACAUUCGCGCCAACCACUAACGGUGAAAAUAUGAGCAAAUCCGCACUUGGAGAAUCUCUCUCCAAUCAUAGCUCCACUUUAAGAUCUCAGGGAUCUCAUUCAAAUCUAAGGAGUAACUUGCAAGGGGAUCCAACGCCUGGUACUACAGCAUGGAAGAGGGCGAGAUUGUUAGAAAGGAAUCGAAUUGCAGCUUCGAAAUGUAGGCAAAGGAAAAAGGUUGCCCAAUUGCAACUCCAAAAGGAAUUUAACGAGAUUAAGGACGAAAAUAGAAUUUUACAAAAAAAACUGAAUUAUUAUGAGAAAUUGAUCUCCAAGUUUAAGAAAUUCUCCAAAAUUCAUCUACGUGAACACGAAAAACUAAAUAAAAACUCAGAAAAUACUGAAGAUAGUGCUGGUAAGAGCAAGAAUGAAAGCAUGACUGUGGAUUCAUUAAAGAUCAUUGAAGAACUUCUGAUGAUCGAUUCAGACGUUACUGAGGUUGACAAAGAGACUGGUAAAAUCAUAACAAUUAAACAUGAACCAUACACUCAACGUUUUGGAAACGAUACCGAUGAUGAUGGUGAUGAUGAUGAUGAUGGUGAUGGUAUGGAACUUAAAUUUGUGGAAGGUGGGAAGAAUUCCAACGAUUAA